GUUGAUGAUAACAUAUGCGGGCUGGAGGGGGCGGUGGAGGACUGUUAUCCAGAGACAGGACUUCACGCCCGGCUGAAGUUAGGAAGUAAUGAUUCAUCCCGCCGGGUUGUUCGUUAAAUCGUGCUCCGGAGAAACUGCGUCAGUGUAGCAGAAACCGGAGCGGGCCGGUGAACUUUGGCUGCGGUCGUCGGUGUGAUCGAGCCGCCAGAGAAACGGCCGCCGUCAGGGAGAAGAAGUGUCACUGCCGCUUCAGCUCUCCGCACAGGGGGACGAGGGGAGACAGUCCGCGGCCAUGGCUGCCACCUCCAGCCCCAUGGUGAUCCUGGCGCCCAAGACCAAGACGAAAAAGAAGCAUUUCGUGCAGCAGAAGGUGAAGGUGUUCCGAGCCAGCGAACCGGUCCUGAGCGUCUUCAUGUGGGGUGUCAAUCACUCGAUCAAUGAUCUCAACCAGGUGCCCGUUCCCGUCAUGCUGCUGCCCGACGACUUCAAAGCCAACACUAAGAUCAAAGUCAACAACCACCUCUUCAACAAAGAAAACCUCCCGGGGCAUUUCAAGUUCAAAGAAUAUUGUCCUCAGGUCUUCAGAAACCUGAGGGAACGUUUUGGUAUCGAGGAUCUGGAUUAUCAGGUGUCACUGACUCGCAGCUCCCCGAUGAGGAGCGUCGAUGAUCAGGGUGAAGGUUUGCUCCUCAACUCCUACGACCGAGCGCUGGUCGUCAAGCAGAUCUCCAGCGAGGAUGUUGCCGACAUGCACAACAUCCUGUCGGAGUAUCACCAGCACAUUGUGAAGUGUCACGGCAGCACGCUGCUGCCUCAGUUCCUGGGAAUGUACCGGGUGACCGUGGACAGCGAGGAGACCUACCUGAUCGUCAUGAGGAACAUGUUCAGCCACAGACUGGUGGUGCACAGGAAGUACGACCUGAAGGGCUCUCUGGUGGCUCGUGAAGCAAGCGACAAAGAAAGGGAAAAAGAGCUCCCCACCUUCAAGGACAUGGACUUCAGAAACAACAUGCAGAAGGUUUACGUGACGGAGGAGCAGAAGGAGAAGUUCAUGGAGAAGCUGAACAGAGAUGUGGAGUUCCUGGUGAGGCUGAAGAUCAUGGACUACAGCCUGCUGCUUGGCAUCCACGACAUCGGCCGGGCGGAGCGUGAGGAUGAGGAGGUGGAGGAGGUGUCCAACGAGGAGGAGCCGGAGGCAGAGAACGGCCUGGCGGGGGCCACGGUGGGUUCUUACGGAACGUCUCCGGAGGGAAUCGCCGGCUACAUGUCGUCCUACAAACCGCUGGGACCCGGAGAGUUCGACCCCUACGUGGACGUGUACGCUGUCGGGAGCUGCCCAGGAGCCCCUCAAAGGGAGGUUUACUUCAUGGGCCUGAUCGACGUCCUCACUCAGUACGACACGAAGAAGAAAGCAGCUCAUGCAGCAAAAACCGUCAAACAUGGGGCCGGAGCUGAAAUCUCCACAGUCCACCCCGAGCAGUACGCCAAACGAUUCCGUGACUUCAUCUCCAACAUCUUCGCGUGAAGCUGGAAUAUUUCCAGCCGGGAGCUAAAAGUCUUAGAACCAAAACUUAGAGUGCACACACGGAUCAUUAUUUGAAAUGUGGUGAUCUGAGGCGAGACUUUACGUUGUAGCAAUAUCAUGUACUACUUCUGAUGCAUAUAUUUAUUUUUAAGAUUUAAGAUGUAUUUCUAUAGAUAUUAAACACUCUUAACAGAAUAACUCUGGAAGCAAACUGCUGUUGAUCAGUGUUGAAAGUGUUAAACUACAUCAAACAUUGUCUUUUUUCCACUUGGCUCUGGUUUUUCCAGGCAUUAACUGAAAGAAUUUGUUUAUAUUUUUUUGCUUUUUACAGAGAGUCAGAUGAAAACAGAGGUUCAUGUCUGUACAGUGUUAAUAUAGAAGACAGUUAGCUUAGCAUGAAGCCUGAGCCAAACAAACAAACCCGGCCUGCUAGCACCUUUAGGUGAAGUUAUAUUAAGAGGUUCUGUGGUUUAAUUAAGCUUUUCUUUUAAACUAAAAUACAAAUUCAUACCGAUUUUUUUUUUAAUAAUCUACAAAAACAUGCAGACAAGACGAAGUACUUUAACUUUAACAACCUCCAGUAGCACCAAUAAUGUCAUUUACUGAAAAUGCAGUAAAAGUUGCUCUUGAUCAAAAAUGUAUUAAAACCCAUUAAUUAUCCUGAGCUUUGUGGGUUCUAGGCUCUAUUUUCUUGUAUUUGCCUUGAACUCUAAAAAUUAUGGAGGAACUUGAGCUGCUGAGCCCAACUGAUGGUGUAUAUCUAAAAAAAAUAAAUAAAUGUGUAAAUACAGUUAAGAUCUGAAUACAUCCUUUUCAUAACAAUUGCAGCAUAAUUAAAAUAAAAAGAAGAGAUACUGUGGAAGAUAGUAGGUGAAGUUGUAUGUUAUGUUUAAGUCUUUUGCAAAUAAAAAUACAUAAUUACUCCAAAUUUGUACCAGUUAUAUUAAGAGGUUCUGUGGUUUGAUUAUGGGUUUUUUUCUCAACUAAAAAUAUUUAAUUUUUUGUUUAAAAAAACAUGGACUUUUACUUUGAAAGAUGUCCAUGAUGCCUUCAGGUUUCAUCCAACAACCUCCAAUAGCAACAAUAAUCUAAUAAUUGACUAUAAAUGUAGUAAGAUUUGUUUUUUAACUUGAUCAAAAAUGUUAUAAAAUGUCUUUACUGAUAUUCUAGUAACACAUUUACGAGUAAUACCUUGAAGACUGGUCAUUUUAUUCACUAAGACUUUUUACAAAUAUUGUAAUCCUUUUGUUUUUUCAGUCUAAACUGUGUUUGAAGGAUUUAGUUUAUUCUACAUACAUUGGAUUUUGAAUAUAAUAAUCACAGUUAAAUUAAAGUGCAGACACGCAUUUUGGUCUUUCUGAUUAGACGCUGACCCACUAUGUAAGAAUCCAAAAUGCAGCAUGGAAAAACCAAAUAACUGAUCCCUAAACGUUCCUCUUGACUUCACCAAAAUGCUGCUUAAUGAAACUUUACAUUUACAAGAAUAAAAGGUCACUUAUUUUUACAUCAUCCGUCAGAAUUAUUGCAUCAAAUAUAGCCCUCAAAAAAGGUGUUAUGUGACCAGAAAAACAUAUUGUGGACAGUAUUGAUGAGGAUAUUUUAGUAGAUUAUUGGGUUUUUAUUACAUUUUUUGUUCAAACUUUGUAAUAUUUUUUGGCAUUAUUAAUUUUUCUGUAAGUAUUAUUGGGAGCUGCAGCAACGUUCAGGACUGAAGAAGGGAUAAAAUAUCACUUAAUAAUUGAAGGUGAAUAGAAGAGAAUGUGAACAUUUUUGUCAAUUAUGUGAAUUGUCAGGGCUGGACAGAACCCAGAUAAAACUCUCCAUUUUGAUUUUACAAGUUGUUAAGUUAGUGAACUUUUGAGCUGUUUUUAUUCUCUUUUCCUGUGGACACAGGUAAGCUAAGCUAACAGAUGCUAGCCGUGGCUUCAUAUUCACUGUACAAAUAUGACUCAUCGAACUCUCUGCAAGGAAGCAGCACAUUUCCCUAAAAGCUUUUCCUUCAACUCUUAUUUAAUGAGGAUUAGAAUAUAAUGCUAGUCUAGAUGGUACACUUGGAAGAUAAUGUUAUUUGUCGAUAGAAGCGGGGCCACUUGAAUGCUUGGUGCCAAACAUGUGUUUAUCAAAGCUUUAAUUGAAGCCAGAUUUGCACUUUGCACGCAGUUAAUUCGACUUUUUUGGCAGAGCAGUUCAACAAAACCCAAUUUCAUGGAUUAUAAUGUUUUCUACCAAACUUUCUGCUACAUUUCCUUAUAAACAUGCAGAACAGCCAAAUCACAAUUUAAGUUGUACAAAAAUAGAUAAACAUAUUGAGUCAUUUAGCCUGUAUACCUCCUAUCCAUUCGACUCCUUUCGUAGUGUUUUGUGUGUUAGACCGGCUGAUAUGUGGAUCAUUGUGGUAGGUUAGGACGUAGAAACAUUAGCAGCGGGAACUACAGUGUGCGUGUUGUUAGAUUUAGCGAUAACAGUGGUAGAUAUCUCUGACAGUAACUCUACAUUUCAGUAGCUUAGCCUUAACGCCGUGAGAUGACGCAGCAGAAACACUCACCUCUUCAAUGAUUGCACAUGUUGUAUUUUUGCAAAUCAGCUUUUGGACCAAAAUAUAUUUUACAAACAA